GGGGCGGGAGGCUCCCCAGGGAGUUUGCUGACUCCAGAUAGGUGUCCGGAGCUGGGCAGGAGGCCUGCGUAGCUCGCAGCAAGUCGCCCGUCGCUGUUAAAGGUGCAGCACCUGCAGGGACACCCAGUUUCCUGCAAACCACCAUAAAUUCAUCCUGGGCGAAACACAGCCAAACUCGUUUUCAGCUGCGUGCCCCUUACGUCGCAGCAGCCCCGCGCGGGAUCUUCACGUCUGUUCCCUGGGCCGUUUGUCCGCUUUGUGUCCGCGGCUUUGGGGAAAGGUGCGAGCCUGUGGGCCCGGCUGCGGUGUAGCGAUGCAAACUGCAGCGUGCGUCGGUUCGGUAAACGCAAAAUACACUUAACCGCCCCAUCCGGGCCACGGCGUGAGCUUUCCAACCCCUCUGCAGUACCCGGAAGAUGUGCACGAAACUGGUAUCGAAGACGGGGCAGCGCAUGCUCUGCACCCACGCUGGCUCCAGGCUAUUGCCGUGCUGGAGCGCGUCCCCGAGCAGCUGGAGCAGCUGGAGCUUCGGGAUGCUCGCAGGCGCAGGAGCCCGCGUGGUGGUUGGAAAUCCCUCCCGUCAGCCGACCAAAAGCUGAGAACCGGCUCCAAAAACUGGCUUUAAACGCCUCCCAGAUAAUCCAGUGGUGCCGCUGCCUUUAAAGGAAGGCUUUUGUGAGCUUUAGGGUCUAUUUCCAGCGCUGCCCGUGGGUUACAACACGCUUUGCGCUCCGAGGAGCAGGAAGCUUUGCUCGCGGCAGCCAAAUUCCCUGUUUCUAAUCUGAGCUCCUCGGCACCGAGGGAAAGUGGCCUUGGAGCCUGCUGCCGGCUUUCUCCAAACACGGGCUCGGGAUUUAGCUUGCUGCAGGCCCUGGGCAGAGUGGGGUGGCCGAUUCCUCCCGCACCUGGGCUGUGAAAUGUUGCCCCUGGCGUAACGCGUAAGCGGUAAAAGCUGUAUGGGAGGUGAGAAGCGGUGCGGCGAGGAGCGGGUGAAUCCUUCAGCAGCGUGCAGCCUGGCAGGGCGAUGCCGUGUCAUUAGUGACAUCAGAUUUCCCCCAAAGUCCUGAAUUCCGCCAGCUGCUGAAUCGCAGUGACUUAGCAAAUGUAAGUCAUGCCCUAUUUUUAGGAGACUUGCUGCAAAUACAAUAGUUUGAAUUAGCCUCACGUACUGCGCUACCACUCCAACGAGUAGCCCGGUUUUAUUGUGCCGGGUUAAAGUCCUGGGUUCAGUCUGCUCCCUCGGUAUCGGAGCAGUCGCUGUGCAAGCGCUCCUCCGCUUCGAGAGCUCGGGCGGCUCGUGGCAUCUAGUGCCCAAGCCCAAAGCAUUUUUACCGGCUUAAUCCCGCCCGAAAGCUUAGCUGUAGUAUUGCCUCCUGGCUAAUUGCUUACGCAAAGUGAUAAACUCGGAGGGCUGCGUGUGGAAGUGCAGGCGAGUUCCUCGCUCUUUCGAAAGCGCUGCUGGGCAGCCGCCAAGGCGCAGGGCAGCGGCACGGCUCUGCCCGAGGUCCAAGGCCGGCGCUGCCGGAGCGUGGGCCCGCUAGUGCCCGGAGAAACGCGAGCAACUGCUGGUUUUUUCUGGGCUUAUCUGCUGUGCUUGUGAGCUGGUCUAACCUCCAGUGGAGUAACUGGUGCUGAUGUGCUAUAAAAUCAUCUGGAGGAAGCUUUAUUGCAGGGAUGGAGCAGUUAACUCGGUGCCAGACCUUCCUUCCCGCAAAGCCUGAAUGACUUUUCCUUUAACUGUAUUUCUCAAGCUUUUCCUUGAAGGAAUCUAGCUGGAUGGAGACUAGUGAGGGUUGCCGAGCGCUCCUCUCCUGUGGCUGCACGCUUUCCCAGGGCCCUUCUGUGUUUAAAGGCAGGAGGCUGCUACCAAAGGGCCUGUCGCUCUGGCAGCAUCUCUUCAGACCGGUUUUGGUGCGAUAGGAUGCGACACGGGCUUUGCAGGACCUGCGUGCUGCUCAGCAGUGGAAGAUGCUCUCUGCAUCUCGGUGCUCUCCGUCCGUGUGGCCUUGCUGGGACGGCUGUAGCGGCUGCAGCCCUGCCAGGGUCUCUCCCACCCCAGGGAGAGGUGCCUGGGGGCUGGUCCUUGCAAAACACCCUCUGCUCCCGCACCUGGUGUCACCGGGACGACAGCUUUGAGCAUUUCUGCCGUGGGAGGUGACAUCAGUCUGCGGAAGCUCGAAACGAAAGUAGUUUUUUCUUGCAGCGAGUAAUUAAGUGAUGUCAGUGAAUUUAACGAUGUUUUGGAUGCCAGAAGUUUAGCUGGGUUCAGAAAUGUACGGAGUACGAGCCUGCUGGGGGCUGACGAACACAAGGCUGCAGCUGGAACCUCCUAGCUCAGGAAAUCAGGGGGCUGCGGGCCAGAAACUGGGGGGGCUGAGCGGGCAAACGGGCGCCGUGCAGGAGAGCAGGGCGGCCUUUGCCCGUGGUCCCCUCUGCAGAGGGUUUCUGCAGGUACCCCGUUUUCUUAGCUUGCACCUCUAGGAAACGCGUCUCUCUUUUCUCACCGAGCAGACUAGCUCCCCGAGCCAAGCAUCGAAAGCAACGGAGCAACUGCAGUAGAAACAAGCUGAGGCAGAGAGACCGGAGUGUUGUGCGCAAGAGGCAAUGAAACACCUAACUGUAUUUCUUCACCCGGUCUUUUGAACGACUUUAUUAGCUUAAUUCCCUGUAGUUUCCGUGCAUGAACGAGAGCAGAGGUUACCCUUCCCCGCGCUGAGGGCUUGUCCGAGCAGACUCGUCAUGCUUUGGUGUUGCAGUGCAAGUGUGGACUUCAUCCUGCUGGUCUGGCAGGAGGAAAGGAGAGGGGGGAACGGGCUGUCGGCACCUCUCCGCCAGCUGCCGACGGGCUGGACCAGGAUGCAGAGCUUGCAGCCGGACCCCAAAGCCCAGUACAGGAGUGUGUACGAAGCGCUGAAGAAAAUCGUUCUUACGGAGGGUUUCUGGAGGCCUUUACGUGGGAUUAAUGUCACCAUGCUGGGGGCUGGCCCUGCCCACGCAAUGUACUUUGCCUGCUAUGAAAAAAUGAAAAAGACUCUAAGUGAUACUAUUCAGCAUGGAGGAAACAGCCACUUGGCCAAUGGUAUAGCGGGGAGCGUGGCCACGUUGCUCCACGACGCAGUCAUGAAUCCGGCGGAAGUGGUGAAGCAGCGGAUGCAGAUGUUCAACUCCCCCUACAAAUCCGUCCUGGCGUGUGUAAGGACAGUGCAGAAGACGGAGGGGUUUGGUGCCUUCUACCGCAGCUACACCACGCAGCUCACCAUGAACAUCCCCUUCCAGGCCAUUCACUUCAUCACCUACGAGUUCAUGCAGGAGCAAAUCAACCCUCGCCGCGAGUACAACCCCCGGUCGCACAUCGUCUCCGGUGCCGUCGCGGGGGCCGUGGCCGCCGCGGCCACCACGCCGCUCGACGUCUGCAAGACCCUGCUCAACACGCAGGAGAACAUGGCCCUGAGCUCGGUGAACAUCAGCGGGCACCUCUCGGGCAUGGCGAACGCCUUCCGGACCGUCUACCAGCUCGGGGGCGUCGCGGGGUACUUCAAAGGGGUGCAGGCACGCGUCAUCUACCAGAUGCCUUCAACGGCCAUCGCGUGGUCGGUGUAUGAGUUCUUUAAGUACUUCCUCACAAAGCACAAGUUGGAAAAAAGAACAUCCUUUUGAAGGACUUAGCAGAGCGGACGUGUCCCCUGCGCGCAAGCCGGCGAGCUCUGGGUCGCCGUUGAGGAACGCGCCAGGUUUCUGGUGGGUUCACAGCUGAAGUCCACUUUUCUCCUCUGGGGGAAGGAGGAGGGUUUAAGUGGUCCUCGCUCACGUGUUCCCCUUGUUGCUUAAACAAUGAGAUAGUUUAUGAAGACCUUUAAUAAUAUAUAUAUUUAAUAACUUUAUUUUGGAGAAGUGAAAUUGCUAACUGAUAUUUUUCUCUGAAUGUGUGAAGAUGUAGUUUACUUCCUCACCAGAAGGCUUAGGUUAUACAGCCUAGGCUGUUUUUUUUACAGCAAAGAAGCAAAAUAUCCUGUCACAGACUUACUUUUAUAUAAAUAUGAAAUAGAUGGAUAAUGUUUAUCCUUUAUUUUUCUAUGUAGGCAUUUGGUUUGUUUUUUAAAUACUAUUACAGCUAGGUGCUGAGCUGUUUAAAAAGGGCUAAGUUCUUCCACUAUGUGUAAGGAAGACAUGAGAGCAUUUAUUUUUAUAGCCAGAUUGGCUUUAAUUACACAGCGUUUGGACCCCGCGCGGUGGCCUGGUUUCCCACGUGGAUGUCAAGGUACUUGGUAACCCCUCGAGACUUGCUGGGGAUGGGAGGAGGAGGAAGGGGGCAAUACUUGCUUUGGGAAGCGAGGAGAUCAAGUGGAGCACCCAAAACACCGGGUCACUUUGGGGUGCAUGGGGGGGAACUCCAUCAAUUCCACUUUUUUACAAGGAAACUCUUAAUGUAGAUUUUACAGACUAGUAUUUUUUUUGCAAACACUUUUUUUUAAGGUACAUUUUUGUGGUGUGUGUGUGUGUGUGAUAGCUAAACAGGCUUCAUCCUCUCUUAAUUUAUUCAUACUUAUUUUCACUAAGGCCCCGAUCCUGCUCGCAGGAGUAACCCUGUGUCUGACUGCGCAUCGGGCCGGGCGGGAGCAGAGCUUCGGUGUGGUGCUCGGCAGAACCCCCCCUGCCCUGGGAGGGGUGUCAGCUCUCCCUCUUCGGCGGGCGCUGGCCAGGCGGAGGGGCCCCGGGGGGGGUCCCGGGGGGCGGGAGGACCCCGAGAGCCGGUGGCUUUGCUCCGUCGCUUGGAGAAGCUGAGCCAGCGUGCCUCUUCGGGGGGUGGUGCCUGUGCCUUGUCUAAAUUACCCUUUGCCACUAAUUAUGAAAUAAGGUUCUUGGUGCAUUUGUCCCUGAGGUCGAGUGAGUCUCUUGCUGUGUCACCUUAUCUUCGAGUGCAAAACUUGCAACCUCGAGGCCGCUGAUGCUCAAGGCCGAGGCUCUUUGGGAGCUCCGGUGGACUGGGAUGUCCUUCCCCAUUGACUGUAGGAACUGGAGUGUCACUAACAGGAACAGAACUUGCGUCUGAGAUGGGCCUGGACACCUGGAUGAAAAUUUGGGUCACUUUAAUACUAAUGGGCAGACUGUAGCGUAACGCGACGGCUUGCAGGAGCUGGGAGUCGAGCGGGGCGAGCAGCCCUCAGCACGUAGUCCCCUUCCACUGGUUGCUUAGCUUUAAUUUCUCUGGCUUCGUCUCGGCUCUUCUGGGAGAGCUUCGUCUCCCGUUUGGAGCAGGGGGGAGCUGGGGGGGGCCGGGGAGCGGGCACGCUUCUCGCAGCCUGAGCAUCGCGCUCGGAGGGCGGAGGAGCUCCAUCGCAGAGGUUUUACGUGCUUUCCCUUGCCUCCUGCUGCGCUUGGGGCUGGAGCUCGGGGCAGAGCCCCUCACCAAGGCGUCGCGCCGCGUCUCGCCCGCCUCGCUUCACUUCAGCUGCAAGUCUGGCGUUUGUCCCCACCUGGUAUGUGAAACAUGUCCUGCUGCUUUGUCUGCAAGAAACGCACAUGUAGCCAAGGGGGAGGAUGAGUCGAGUUGUCUGCAGUUCUUUUUUUUUGCCUGCCUUGGAGUUUAAUGGGUUUUCUUAAAUGUGUAUGUAACAAUGCAGAAGUUCAUUUGUGAGAUGCUGCUACAGUUGUAACACUGGAGCUCGAGGAAAUAAAGUAUUCCGACUUUCGUC